AUGUCUGCCUGGACUGUCUUCAUCCUCGACGUUAAGGGCAAGCCCCUCAUCAGCCACAACUACAAGGGCGGUGUGGCCAUGAGCACGAUUGAACACUUCAUGCCUCUGCUCAUGCAGCGGGAGGAGGAGGGUGCCCUGACCCUGCUGCUGAGCCAUGGCGGGGUCCACUUCCUGUGGAUCAAAUACAGCAACCUCUACUUGGUGGCCACCACACUGAAGAACGUCAACGCCUCCCUCGUGUACUCCUUCCUCUACAAGACAGUGGAGAUAUUCUCUGAAUACUUCAAGGAGCUGGAGGAGGAGAGCAUCCAAGACAACUCUGUCAUCAUCUAUGAGCUGCUGGAUGAGCUCAUGGACUUCAGCUUCCCGCAGACCACUGACAGCAAGAUCCUGCAGGAGUACAUCACGCAGCAGGGCAACAAACUGGAAGUGGGCAAGUCGCGGGUGCUGCCCACCGUCACCAGUGCUGUGUCCUGGUGCUCUGAGGGCGCCAGGUACAAGAAGAACGAGGUCUUCAUUGAUGUCAUAGAGUUGGUCAAUCUGCUGGUCAAUGCCAAUGGCAGUGUCCUGCUGAGCGAGAUCGUGGGCACCAUCAAGCCCAAGGUGUUUCUGUCCGGAAUGCCUGAGCUGCAGCUGGGCCUCAACGACCAUGUGCUCUUCGAGAUCACUGGCCAGAGCAAGAACAAGCCCGUGGAACUGGAGGAUGUGAAAUUCCACCAGUGUGCGUGGCUCUCCCGCUUCAACAAUGACUGAACAAUCUCCUUCAUCCCGCCUGAUGGUGCCUUCAAGCGCAUGUCCUACCGCCUCAGCACCCAGGUCAAGCCACUGAUCUGGACUGAAUCUGUCAUUGACAAAUUCUCCCACAGACGCAUGGAGAUCAUGGUCAAGGCCAAGGGGCAAUUUAAGAAGCAGUCGGUGGCCAAAAGUGUGGAGAUAUCUGUGCCUGUACCCAGUGACGCUGACUCCUCACGCUUCAAGACCAGCAUGGGCAGUGCCAAGUACAUGCUGGAAAAGAAUGUCAUUAUUUGGAGUAUCAAGUCUUUCCUGGGGGGCAAGGAGUACCUGAGGCGAGCCCACUUUGGCCUCCCCAGCGUGGAGAAGGAGGAGGUAGAGGGCCGGACCCCCAUCGGGGUCAAGUUUGAGAUUCCCUAUUUCACUGUCUCUGGGAUCCAGGUCCGAUACAUGAAGAUCAUUGAGAAGAGUGGUUAGCAGGCCCUGCCAUGGGUCCGCUAUAUCACUCAGAGUGGUGAUUAUCAACUUCAUACCAGCUAGAA